AUGGCAGCCUCGCAGCACUCAACGCCACGUUUGGGGUCCUCCUCUUCCUCCGUCUACCGGCCUAGCGAUGGCGACUCCUCGCCCGUCUACUCGCUUGGUAGUAUAGGCAUCACGGUCCCCUCCUCCCCCGUCUUCCGGCCCUUUGAUGCUGGCACGGAUGGUGAUUCGGAGAUUAUCGAGCUCCAGACUGUCCCUCUGCAGGAUCCGACUCCCGCUCCUCUCAAUACUGAGCCUGACAUUGGCAGAGAUGGAGCGGCCAGUAUUCGCGACGAGUCGCCGUCUCCUCCCUAUGCCAUGGGGUUCAAGCUGUUUGCGAUGCUCGCGUCCAUUACCACGGCUAUUUUCCUGAUGAUGUUGGACACUUCGAUCAUCUCUACGGCUGUCCCACGCAUCACGGACGAGUUCCAUUCGGUCGACGAUGUGGGCUGGUACGCCAGUAUUUACUCGCUCGCCAGCUCGGCUUUCCAACCGAUCACUGGUCGCAUCUAUAGCAAGUUCAACAUCAAGUAUUCCUUCUUGGCCUUCUUUGCGAUCUUCGAGGCAGGCUCACUCAUCUGCGGCACUUCAAUCUCGUCUGGGAUGUUCAUCAUCGGUCGCGCCGUCGCUGGUGCCGGCAGUUCUGGGUUCAUCAACGGGGCUGUUACCAUCCUGGCUGCUACUGUGCCUCUGGAGAAACGCCCUUCGCUCACCGGCAUCAUGAUGGGUUUCUCGCAGUUGGGUAUUGUCCUAGGCCCUCUGGUUGGCGGUGCUUUCACCUCCUACACCACCUGGCGCUGGUGCUUCUACGUCAAUCUCCCUGUCGGCGCGAUCGUGGCCAUUGGUCUGAUGUUGGUUGACAUCCCCGACCUGGUUACCAAGCCCAAGCCCUUCGAUGUGCUUCGCCGGCUCCAUGUCGAGCUCGAUCUCGUCGGUUUCACACUCAUCGCCCCAGCUGCCGUUAUGCUUCUCCUUGCGACUCAGUGGGGGGGAGAUCCGUACGCGUGGAACUCGCCGACCAUCAUUGGCCUCUUCUGCGGUGCUGGAGCCUCUGCUGUCGUCUGGUUCGUUUGGAAUUUCUACCAUGGCGAGGAUGCCUUGAUUCCAAUGUCGAUUCUCCGAAUCAACGCUACCUGGUCUUCGGCCUGCACACAGGGUUUCCUUCUGACCGGUGUGUACUGUGCCUCCUUCUACCUCCCGAUGUACUUCCAGGCCGUCAAGGGCGUUGUCCCCAUGAUGAGCGGUGUCUACCUUAUUGCCAGCAUCGGUAGUCAGCUUUUGUCGGCUGUGGUAGCAGGCAUGCUAGUUGAGCGUACCGGUUAUGUUAUUCCUUACGCAAUGCUGUCUGGAAUCAUCGGCUCGGUUUCCAAUGGUUUGUAUUCCACGUUCAAGCCAGACACCGCAACUUCCAAAUGGGUCGGUUACCAGGUUCUCAACGGCGUCGGCCGUGGUUUUGGCAUGCAGAUGCCUGUCCUCGCCGUUCAAGCCGCACUUAGGCCCCCGCAGAUCCCCAUCGGUCUGUCGGUCGUCUCCUUCAUCCAGUCUCUCUGCGUGGCCAUAGCGCUCGCCGUCUCCGGUACGAUCUUCGACCUUACCCUGGUCCAUGACCUGACCCAACGUGCUCCGGAUGUCGACCCCAAUUCCAUCCUGGAUGCUGGUGCCACCAACUUCCGGAGCAUUGUCGCCCCGAAAGAUCUGCCGGUCGUCCUGCAGUCCUACAAUAUCGCCAUCAGCCACGUCUUCUACAUGGCCGCUGGUAUCACCGGUCUGGCCGUAUUUACGUCGCUGUUUAUGGGUUGGAUUGAUAUCCGCAAGACGCAUGGCAGUCUGUCUGCCAAUGGUCCCCGUACUGGUGAUGCUGCUGGAGGCAAUGGCCAGCAAGCUCAGCAGCAGCAUGUAGAUGGUCCUAAGCACGAUGCUUAA